AUGGCUUGCGAAGGAUCUGCGCUCACUGUUGCUGAACAAGGCAGUAUUGCUGAUCAAGACAAACAUGACGAGCUUGGAAGCGAACCGGAAUCUGACAACAACGCAACUUUACGCGGUGAUUAUGACAUUGAAGACGAGGACAUCGGAUUGCUUGGUAGCAACGGCAAGAUGUUCAGCCGCAAGGACGCUAUCGACAACGAUGCAGUGGGAUCGCUUGCAAGCAACGGAGAAGUCACACUAGGUAGUCAAGAUACGGUGGAAAAUGACAAAAACAAGAUGGAAAGCAACGCUAGCAUCCAUAGUGGAGAAGCAGAGGACGCUACCGACCACGAGGAAAUGAGAUCGCUCAGAAGCAACAGAGAAGUUACACUGGGCAGUCAAGAUACGGUAGAAACUGACAAAGACGAGAUGGAAAGCAAUGAAAGCAUCUGUGGCGGAGAAGAAGAAGGUUUGGUUGGAAGUGAAGGAGAUGUUACUCUGGGAAGUGAGGAUACUCUCACAACCAAAGACAAAGAUAUUGAAGAAAGUGAUGAAGAGGAUCAAUUAAGUGCUAUAUUGACAACCUAUUUAAAUAUUGUAUCUGUGUGGCUUUUCUACAACUGUACUUCUGGAGGUGCAAUUCUGUGUUUAUGUUAUGAUCUCUGGUAA